AUGUCAUUGGCGGUAUUCAGACUGUACCCAGGUAUCAGUGAAUCUGAAAGCUCGACUUUAGCGGGUCUUGUCACCAUGGCUUUCGUGCUUGGGCAGAUGACAGGACCAUUCAUAGCAAAUUGGGCGCCCCCAAAACCUUUUCUUAUCGUGACCUGCUAUAUCGGAACUGCGCUUCUCACUGCUUUAGCAGUUGACCCACUGAACAAGAAUUUGACAAUAAGUUUACUGGCCACGGGAAACUUCAUUCUAGGUUGCGGCGAUGGGGUCUGCAUGCCAAUGACGACUUUCCCCAUACGAAGCCAAGAGGAAAUUGGAACCGCAGGAGGCUUGAGUGGUUCUAUCAGAUUGACUGGAAGUUCGAUUGCUGUAGCCAUGUACAGCACCAUCCUCGCAAAUCGACUGUCAGUCACACUGUCCGAAGAAGUUGGUCCGGUAGCACUGGCAGCAGGUCUUACCUCGUCAGUGCUUCCUGACCUGAUCAACGCGAUGAAUACAGGCAAGCUACUCAACAGCACCUUGGUGAACAAUUUGAACUCUUCAAGUAUAGCAGCAAUCGAGAGUGCCUACCGACUUGCCAAUUCCAAGGCAUAUUCUACCACAUUUCUUUCAACCUUAGGGUUUGGGGGACUGGGUCUCAUAAUCGUCUGGUUUACCGGCGGAAUCGACGAAAGCAAAGGUGACUAUGUAGCAGGCCAGAUUCAUCGUCCUGCCGAGGAAAAAGUGUAA